AUGCGCUCCCUCAACCCGGUUUUGUUGGGUGUUUUUGCCGGAGUGGCACUUGGCUUGCCAGGUCGUCACCACUAUCCGAACCCGCCGUUUCCCACUGGAGGUGUGACAAGCGAGCCGCCGUUGUCUACGGGUGGCCCGGGACCUGGACCUGGCCCCGAACCGACGACGACAAAGACACUUCCUCCUCAUAUCUCCACGGUGACCGAAAUCAUCACAAAAACGACCUUUGUGCCAUGCUCGACGCCCGUUGCUACUGGGAAAGGCACCACCUGGUACAGCACGUGGCUCACCACGUCCGUCUAUACAACAACCACUUGCUACCCAGUCACUCAGACAUACACCCCGCCUCCACCGCCUCCACCGCCUUGUGAAGGAGAAGAUUGUCAUCAACCACCCCCACCACCACCACCACCUCCUUCAUUUACUCAGUGCCCUGCGCAAGUUACCGUUACUGUGACAGUGACGGAAACCGAAUGCGGAGCCGGAUGCAUUCCUCCCACAUCUCCUCCAGGGGUGCCACCACCGCCUCCCGGAGAACCAGGAAAUCCACCACCGCACCAUUGUCCGCGGUGCUCAACUUACACGAUCACUGACAUUCACGGUACAACCAAAACCAUUGUGGUUCCACCAGAGACACCGCCUCCAGUCAACCCUCCGCCAACAAAAACUCCACCUCCACACUCGCCUCCGCCGCAUUCCCCUCCGCCUCACUCUCCUCCCCCCGGUACUGGAGUAAAUCCACCUCACACCACAAAAACUCACCCACCAACUUCUGGGACGAAUCUCCCUCAUAAGAGAUAUGCACCGUAUCCGGAGUACUUCUAA